CAACUGAGGACAGGGACGGUAACGUCAUAACAAAACAUCACGGGAGAUAUUGCUCGAAGAAACUACCGUCAGGAAAUAUUAUUUAGGUGAUAUCCUGUUGUUUACAAUAGCUUAGUUAAAGCUACCUGACGGGACUGAACUAAGCGGAACUAAUCUACUGGGACCAUUAAGUGAAAGCUCAUGACGAGGCUCAGCGACAAGGAUCAUCAUGUUCAGUUUCCUUGGUCUCCGUAAAGACUCAAAGAAGUCAACAAACGAGAAGGAAGCAGAUGGAGGCUUUGUUAUCAUUGGAGAGACAGUUGACGACCAGAGGAGGAAGAUGCAGACCAUGAACAUCGCACAGCCAUCAACAAACGUCAUAGUGCAGCCAUCGAUGCCGUCCUAUCCAGUUUCACCUCAACGCACCCAAUCAAAACACGCUCCAGCUUUACCUGCCACAGCGCCAACAGCAGGAAGCUCAGCAGUGGACGCUGCUUCAACUCUCCCAGACCUCCUCGGAGACGUACCCUUCACUUUGGCUCCCCAUGUCCUGGCUAUGCAGGCAGGGCUCCCCCUAUUUCCUGAUGUGCUGCUCUCCCGGGACAUAAACUAUAACCUGGCUAGUUUUCAGUACGACUUCACUUUAGAGAACUCUGUGCUGCAUAACGUCUAGUCUGUUUAAAUUUUAAUAUCCGGCAUCAGAACUUCGCUAAUUGUUGGUUAUUUGAUGUUGAACAGGAAAAUAUGAUUCUGUAGCAUUAUGAAAAAGUAAAAGCUCAAAAACUUCAAAUCCAUUUUCUAUUUUCAGUGUAGAGGCAUUGAAAUGAAAUGACACUGGAAAGGACACAAGGAAGCAUGGACAUUUAACUUGUACAACCGAUGAUUAACAUUUCUAACCUCAUAGUUGUGUAGGAACUAAAUAGAUUUAUAGUUUACUUGUUCCUUGUGUUGCUCCAAAUGUGAACACAGUUAGUGCACAUGUUGAUUUCAAUUUUCAAUUCAUUUAAAUUCAAUUGGCUUUAUUGGCAUGACGUAACAAUGUAUAUAUUGCCAAAGCAAGCAUCAGAAAAAAGGAUAACAAGAUAAGGAAAGCAAUAUUUACAAUGAAUUAUUAUAAUGAUUUCUUUCAUUGCAGCCAUAGGCCUGGUUCUAAUUGAUUAAGACAUUGUGACUGUCAAGUCUUCAGGCACAUUCAGAUACAGUGAGUACGGUGAGGCAUAAGGAUAUGCUGGACAGUUAUCGUUCAUGACUACCUUUGGUUUCUAGCAGGUAUGAUAACUAUACAGUCAUCAAGAUAUUUGCUGAGAUCUGGGAACAUUGCUACAAAAAGUCAGGUUUUAGCCCGUUCUUUGGGUUUGGAUUCAUGUUUGAUUAUUUUCAAAUGUAUUACAAUUUUAAUGAGAAAUGUCUCUAAUUGUGCCAGUCUUCCGCGUGUCAUUUCUAGCAAGUAGAUCCAAGAUGCCCAGAGUAAAUAGUGAAAAAGACAGUUGUAGCCAAUGCUUUUUAUUUAACUGACAGUAAAGCCCAGGUAUAGCUUCAGGUCUCGAGCCAGGUUCAAAUCUCAGUUCUGAGGUCUACUGACUGCUGAUGUUUCUCCUCCUGUCAGGCUUUUAAGCGAUGCCUUCAUUUUGCCGCCAGAGUUCAGCAAAUAACUUGAAGUGUACAAUCGUUUAGACAAAUCGCCAAAAAAAACGAGAUGAGGCACCGAGAUGAUGAAGCAAUAACUUUAAUGGAAGCUUAGUACGAGGACAACAGACCAACCUCCAAUUGAGUUAAACCCAAGUCUUCAAAAGAAUUAUUAGAUGGGAAGUACUAAUUCCUGGAAGGUCUAAUGACCUUCUGAAGAAUUAACGUAAAAACUGCAACAAGUGAAGAUUGUUUAAAUAAAUAAGUGAAAAUGUACAGUACAGUAGUGUUGGAAAUGUAAUGUGAUGCCAUUUAUAUAUUUGACAUUAUGCGUAGCACCUCCUGCCACAACUAAUGUUUUGACUAUUUAACCACUUCUAAUCCAGUGCUAUGUUUGAAUUUUGGGUAACGCUUUAUAUUAAGGUCCUUGUAAUAACCAUUAAUUAACAAGUAAUAAGGCAUUGUUCUCGCUUUAGAUCCCUUUAGCUGCAAAAAGCAUAGUUAACUGUUAACAAGUGCAUAGUUAACUUAUAAUAGAUGAGCAAUAAAGUAUAUUUUAAUAUCAAUAAGCAAACAAAAGAUUAAUAAAGGCAUGGCAAAGACAUAAUGGGUGGGUUAUGGGUGUUUGUAAUGCUAUUAUGAAGAAUUAUACGAUACUCAUGAGGCUUUUAUUAAUGUUCUUAUUAUACAUCUCAUAUAGCCUGCUAUUAGCUGUAUUAUAAUGCCAUUAUUAACACUUAUAUAGGCUUAUAAACACACAGCAAUGUUAAUAAGCAUCUUGUUAGGACUUACAAGGGCCUUAUUACUUGUUAAUUGAUGGUUAUUACAGGGACCUUAAUAUAAAGCGUUACCGAAUUUUGUUUCCUGAAUGUGUCCUUCCUUUUGAUCCAACAUAAUGUUCAGCAUAACUUUACUCGGCCCGCAUUUUCCAUGCUCUCAUUUUUCAUUAGAAUACGGUCACAUAUACAUACUAUUAGUUAUGACUUUGCUCACUAUUAGUUAUCUGCACUUUUUACUUUUAUGGAGUUGUUUCAAGCCAUGACAGCAUGUACUGUACUGUACUGUAAGUGUAUAGCUAACAUAUGAAGCUGUAUGAGCUGUGUACCAUCAUCAAAUGCUGUCAUUGCAACAAUUUAUUUUAAUCCCUGAUGAUAAGUGUUUUGGAACUGCAUAUGAUGUGAAGUAAUUUGUUCUUGUUUGUGUUUGAGGUGUCUGGGAUUCACCACUCACAAACUGCUUUGCCUAGAAUUCAACAAAAAGUCUUUGGCCGUGAUGUACCAUGAUUCUCAAAUAAUCAAUGGAAAUCCCAGAUUUCCUCCAAGUUUACCUGUGUUCUCUUGAUAAAAUCAUUAUAAUGCAGCAAAACAACAAAGUGUCAUGUCAUACACACGUCUGCUGCUCCGGGUUGCUCUUUCCUAACAGAAAAAAAUAUGUUUUUUUACUUAAAAUGUCUAGAGAUUUCACAUUUCAACUUGAACUCAGAGCAGCAGAUUGAUGAGUAUGCUUUGACUCUGUUAUACUGAUGGGAUUAGUGCUGGUUAAAUCUACAUUAUGCUACAUUUUCAAGAGCAAUUUAGGUAAUUCCAGUUCAUCAUUUUUUUUUACACAGCCCAGCCCCCUUUUGCUUUUGUUGGUUGCCUGAGUCUUGGCUGUUAUUUGAAUAUAGUGUUUUUUUGAGAAUUUAUGGUACUUGCACAAAAUUUAAUUGGAAUUUUAGUUCAGAAAUUGCUCAUCUGUCGUUCUUGAUAAGAUUGAUUUGUGCAUCCUGGUUAAAAUGCCAUUCUCUAAAGAUUACAUAAAGUUGGCUCGGUUUAUGUCUUCACCUGGGUGAUUUAAUUUGAUUUAUUUUCUAAGUAUGAGCUUUUAAAAUAAGCAACAUUUUGCUGAGAAGGAAAUGCAUUUGCAAAGAGUCAUAAUUUAACCCAUGAGUUUACCAAGUACUGUAUGUGUACCUCCUGAUUGUUUGUAUAUAAUCAAAAUUGGUCUCUUCAAACCUGCUGUGCCUUUAAUAUACAAUACUAAUAUCUUGUAUAUUAUUAAUAUAUAAAUAUAAGAAACUGUCCUAUUCUCUGAGUUAAAGUAUGUAUCUGUCGAUGCUGGCAAAGUAAUCAGUUGGCUGUAACUUUGGACAGCAACUUACAAAUAAAUUUGAAGAGCAUUA